CCAACCAUUUGCCGAUCACAUCAUGAAUCGCAUCCAUGUUAGCCUUCAGUUUAUGGUGAGAGAAUUUUGCAGAGUUAAGGGAAUAAACUCAGUCGUCUCCAUUCCAGUGGACCCAACAUUCAUGAAUCGCGAGUCAAUAUUCCUAACUUCAGAGGAUGUGGAACAAGUUGCUACCUUGCAUAUGAUUGGAGGCUCAGCAAUGAUAUUCGGAUUAAGAUGCAUUUGGGAGUCCCUAUUUCCAAAUCAGCGUGUCUAUUACAAGUUUUAUGACAUUGAACGUCUUAACAUUAAUAAUGUUAACGAUGUAGAGCGAUCAACCAUUGACUUGGCGAAUUGGUUGAUGACCAUGGAUAGAGUUGGUCAACUUUACUUUAUACCUUGGAACAUACGGUAAGAAAUAGUGUAAAAUUUUCUUAUUUGAUUAGUCAUAUAUUAAAAAUUUAAUUAUUUUACUUAACAUACGCUUCUUAUUUUAGGGAACA